GUCAGCAUGUGUCAUUCUCAGCACUAAUUCUACUUAAACAGGUUGAAUAGGGACCAUUUGUUGUUUUCAAAACUGUUUUAUUUCUGCUUUAUGAUUUUGCAAGGUUUUCUUAAAUUAAGAAACCAGAAGCCUAGAAGGAUCAGUUAUGAGUUUAAACUGAGCUGUAAACAGCUGUGAUUUAUAGAGGAAAACAUAGGACACUUCUUGCAACUUCAUCUUCUGAAAACUCAGCAGUGUAUUUAUUUGCACUGACUAAGCAUUCAUAAUGAGUACAGCCAGUAAGAGUUCAAAAUCAUCUUUGGUAAACUCACUGGCAAAAAGAUAUGACCCUAAAGCAUUGCAGAACCAAAGACCUACUGCUGCGCAAAAAGCAUCUCAAAAUAAUCUGGUUUGUAAGGACUCUAAAACAGCAGUGAACCGAACCACAAUGGACAUAAAGUUUGAUUCUCUGUGCCAGAAAAUUGAUAAUCUGUUAACUGAACAGAAUACUGUCGUUAAAAAAUUGGAAGAUAUUUCACAGAAUAUUAUUGGAAUUGAAGAAGACCUGAAUCUUAUCAAAUCAGAAGAUACUCCUGCCAAAGAAAACUCAGAAGACAAAGAAAAUAUUUUGGAAAUGAAAGGUCUUUUCUCAGAGAUGAUUAAUCAGCUGUCAUCAAUUAACAAAUAUGCAGAACAGCAAGCAAAAAGGCUGGAUGGAGUUGAGCAAAUUCUGCUUGGAACCCAAAAUGUUGUCUGGUCUAUAAUGAAAGAGAUAAGAUUCCCAGCAGUUUUGGAUUUUCUCCAGAAAACACCAAAUCAUUUAAAUUCACAAAAUAUUGAUAAUAAAAUGAAAAAGACAGAGAAAGGAUGUCAGAAAGCUAAAGAUAGCACAAAAUAUAAAAAGGGUGUUAAGGUCCAGAAUGUGAAAAAGAAAAGGAACAAUCUUCACCACAAAAAAAAACAUGAGGUUACAACGGGUCAAAAAUCAAAUCAGAAUAAGGCUUUGUCUUUGGAUUUUGAGGGGACAAAACAUGUGACAGAGCCACAACCAGAUUCAGAGCGAUGUGUUCAAAGACUCUGCACACAAAAUGAAAAAGUUGAAAAGCUCAACGAAGAAAAUGCCAAAAAGACGACUGCCAUCUUGGUUGACAAUCAUUUUCCAAAUUUUGACACUGAAGAAGUUUGUGAUGUAAAUCAUUGUAUAUCAAUAGAUAUAUCUAUUUUAGACAGCCAAACAUUUAUUGAAGAGUGGUCUCAAAUAGGUGAUGUUGAAGUAGCAGAUAACGAGCAAAGCAGUCUUCCAAACAAAGAACUUAUUCAAUUAACUGCAAUAGAUAAUAAAGAGGCUGAGGAUUCAGAAGAUCACUUGUCUGAAAAUCAGGAGCACGUGGAAGAAACAAUACAGACAAUUUCCAUCUGUACAGAUGAAGAAAACAUCCUUUCUGAAACUGAAGACGUAGGAGAUGAAUCUGAAAACAAAGAGAAAUGUCAAGAAGAAGAUAACAAUCAAGAUGAGUUCACUCAAGAAAACAAAAAUACAUUAUUAGUGACAGAAGAUGAGAACUCUGUACCAUCUGAGGACGGAGACCAAAAUGAUACAGAUACAUCUCAGAAUAUAGAACAUUAUUCUGAUUUAGAAGAUGGACAAUUGGGCACAACAGGUGCAGUUUCUUCACCUUGUGCUGGGAAAAUACUGGAAGUACCCAAAGACGAUAAUACAUUAUCAGAAGAAUUACCUAAGAAUGGUGAAACUGACAACUAUGACUACAGCUGCAGCAGCAAACGUCGUGUCACUGAUGAAGAGGACAAAGAUGACACCAAAAAAAGCAGGGUGGACGCAAAUAUCAUGGAAGACAUUAUCCGUAAUAAAGAGGAAACCAUAUAUAAAGUAGAAAAUUCUAAUGAGGAAUUACAGGAAACUGAUUUCACUGAAAACUGCACUGAGCAAUCCGCCGUAGAAGAAAAGGAGGAGAUACUUAUACUUGAUACCAAGCCACCUCCACCAGCCCCAUUUGAUCACCGCAUUGUCUCUGCUAAGCAUGCACAGAUAAAUAGCUUCUAUUCUUUGGAAAGUAAGGAGGUACUUGGUAGUGGUCGGUUUGGUCAAGUGCACAAAUGUGUAGAAAAAUCUUCAGGUCUAAAACUGGCGGCAAAAGUAAUCAAAGUUAGAGGUCAUAAAGAAAAGGAAGAAGUGAAAAAUGAGAUAACUGUUAUGAAUCAGCUAAGCCAUGCAAACCUCAUCCAGUUAUAUGAUGCCUUUGAGUCUAGAAAUGAUAUUGUACUCGUUAUGGAAUAUGUCGAUGGUGGUGAACUGUUCGACAGAAUCAUAGAUGAAAAUUCGAAUCUGUCAGAAGUGGAUACAAUCUUAUUCAUUAAACAGAUCUGUGAAGGGAUUCAGUAUAUGCAUCAGAUGUACAUUAUACAUUUAGAUCUCAAGCCAGAGAACAUCAUGUGUGUGAGUCGGGCAGCUAAUCAAAUAAAAAUUAUUGAUUUUGGAUUGGCUCGAAGAUAUAAACCAAGAGAAAAACUGAAAGUGAAUUUUGGUACUCCUGAGUUCCUUGCUCCUGAAGUCGUAAACUAUGACUUUGUCUCUUUUCCCACAGACAUGUGGAGUGUGGGAGUCAUUGCCUACAUGCUGUUAAGUGGGUUGUCACCUUUCUUGGGGGAAGAUGAUAAUGAAACUCUGAAUAACAUUAUAGCUUGCCAAUGGGACUUUGAAGGUGAAGAAUUUGAAACUAUUUCAGAUGACGCCAAAGAUUUCAUUAUAAAAUUGCUUGUAAAGGAGAAGUGCUGGAGAAUGAGUGCAACAGAAUCGUUAAAGCAUUCUUGGUUAUCAGACUCUAAACUGCAUUAUAGAAUCCGCCAGCAGACGAAAAAGAAACCGUCUUUGAUUGAGGCACCUGUGGGUCAAUGACAAAACUCAAGAACUGUAAUUGAAAAGGAACACUGCUGUGAACAGUUUGAGAAAAAUCAGCAGUUCUGAUGCUUUGACCCUUCUUGAGAAGACUUGAAUAUUUACCAGCUGGACCAGCGCCACAUUAACUAGGAUGGGUCUUGGUGUUACUGAGCAUUACUUCUAUUUUUCUACUUUCAUGUUUCAUAGCAAGCCGCCUCUGCAGCAAAUCCCAGAAACUUACAAUAGUAAAUAUUUCUUGGGGUCUAGGAUGCCAACUUUAAGAUGCAUUUCUGGAUUAUGCAAAGCAAGAAAUCUGCUUGUUCGGAAUGCCAUGUAAACCAGUUUACAUUUAGUUACAGUUCUGUGAGGCAAAGUCUCUUAACAUUCACAUGUAUAUUACGUGUAAUUUGUAUACAACAUGACCAUAAAAUGCAAAAUACAGUGAUAUAUACCUGUGCUGGCUCUCUUGCAGAACAUCAUCAGUAAUUCCAUGUUUAGGAAGUUUGAAAUCCUAAAGACUAGUAACGUACAUUCUCCAUGGCAACAUGUAUAGUCACAAUGUCUUCUGAUCUUGUGUAGAGCAGUUUACCGGUAGCUGUAUUGCAGGACAAAUGUUGAGUUCCUAAAAAUAGUGACUCUCUUGUUUGGACCAAUGGGAUUUUUAUACCUUUAGAUUUUAAGGCCACAAUCACUUAUAUUUUUAGUUUAUAAAUAUAAUUAAAGACAAACUAUCACCUGAAGAUGUCUGGGUUGCCUCAAACUGUUACUGAAAGAGGCAGUCUUUUUUUAUGGGCCACUACACAUCAAACUAUAUGUAUAUCAUUUUCGAAUUGGUCCAAUAAUUGGUGUCACAGGGAAUGAGGUCAUGGCGCAGAAUAUAUGCCUAAAAUUGAAAUAAUCAAGUUUACUAAAGAAAAUGAGAGCUUUGGUUAAAAUGUUGUCAACUUUUUUGGUGGAAGUGUAUUUUUACUGAUAUCUUUUAGGAAAAAUAGGCUUCAUUAAGGUGGAUUUUUUCUUAUAAGGACUUGGAUGCAGAAUUCUAUUUGACCAUGUAAAAAAAAAAAAGAAUAUUAAAGAAGUUAAAAUUUUA